AUGCUGCUCCUCGUUUACGUUCGCACGACCACCUCCGCAGACCGAGGUGACGAGAGGACCCCUGAAGCCCUCGGAAUGGACAACGCGCUCAGUCGACGGCCCUUCAAGGUCACCUUGGCUCCCACGCCGUCCUCUUCCGUCACGGCGCCCGCACGACAACUCAAGCGUAUCCACGUCGCUGCAGAGGUUCUCAAGGCGAGGAGGAUCUGCGCCGGCGAUGCGCUCGUGAUUCGUCCACGCCCCGCUGCGGCUCCUUCGACGUUGGAGGAUGGCAUCAGUGCACUCAGUAUAAGCAAGGUCAGUGCUAUACAGUCUCCCAACUCGUGCGCCCCAGCUGAUCGUCCGGGACGUUGUCCGCCGCCAGACGGAGCUGCCGACCUCGCAUGCUCCGGCGUCGACGGAGCAGCCCAAAUUUGCUGUUGGUGUAGCCUGGCCCUCGUUCACUCUGUCCGCAUCAGGUACGGAUCGCAAGUGCCUCGACUAGUUCAUGAGUACGAGCUGACGUGCUCCUUUUCGAAUCGCCUCAGCCUCCGACUCGGCGGUCGCGGUCUCGUCGCUACUACUCGCCAACUCGGGUCUUACACUGGGAGAAGAUUCGAUGCUCAACACCCUCACCGACUCGGGCCUGUCCGUCUUUGAAGCCGAGACCGUCACCCUCAUCUACGACUCCAAGGGCAAAGCCGCAAAGGACAGCUUCUUUGAAGCCUACGCCAAAGAAGUCCUCGGUGAGCAAGGAUAUCUCUCCAUCGAUUUUACAGCAGAACCCCACCGAUCAUCCUCCCUUGGGUCCCCCCUGCAGUCGACAUCAAAUACGUUGCUCUCCAUCACUUCUUCGAGUUGACCUUCAACGGCGUACUGCGACGUUUGCUGGUUUCUUCGGCACGACCGGCCCCAACCUCGCAUCCUUUCAAAGUAGCUCCGAACCAAGUAUUCCUCGUCUCUCGAUCCACAUCCGUCACCUUCAAACCUCCAAUCGCACCCUUACCCAAGAGAAGGGCCGCAGUAACGACUUCAGCUGGCGCAUCAAGCUCGACUUCGAUCGCUAGGACAGGGGACAUGCCUGGAUACGAAGCGAUCGGUGGGAUGCAGGCUCAGAUUGAACAGAUUCGCGAAAUGGUCGAGUGGCCUCUGACUCGGCCCGAGGUAUUUAAUCAUUUUGGUACGCCAUAGCGUAAGUACUAACAUGACUUGUAUCAUCGUAGCUAACGAAGUCGUCUCCUCUGAGACCAGGUCUCCGACCACCGAGAGGAAUCUUGCUCUACGGCCCCCCAGGAACGGGCAAAACCCUGCUCGCCUACUCAAUCGCCCAAUCGACACGCUCGACCCUCCUGACCAUCAACGGGCCCUCGCUUUCCUCCGCAUACCACGGCGAGACCGAAGCUCGACUGAGGGACGUCUUUGCCGAAGCCAAGCGCAAGUCACCCGCCGUGAUUGUCAUUGAUGAAGUGGACGCUUUGGCACCCAAUCGAGAGGAAGGGGGCGAGGUUGAAAGAAGGGUCGUGGCCACGCUUUUGACGCUUAUGGAUGGAUUGGAGGAAAAGGACACGGUCGUUGACUCUGAAUCAGGCGAGGAAACGAAUGAGGAUAGAUCGAAUGAGGAACGACCGAGGGUCGUUGUGAUCGCCGCUACGAACCGACCGAACGCGAUCGAUCCUGCACUUCGAAGACCGGGGAGGUUCGAUAAAGAGAUCGAGAUUGGUGUUCCCGAUGCUGCGUCGCGGUUAUCGAUCUUGCGUGUGCUCCUUCGAAGGAUGCCACAUGCUCUAGACGAGGCGACCCUCGCUUCCGCCGCUGCGCGAACCCAUGGCUUCGUCGGCGCAGACCUGUCCUCCUUGGUCCACACCGUUGGUCUGAACGCGAUCAAGCGUUCUUUCAAUUCGAUCAACACUUCACCUACCCCAAAAGACCUCUCGGACCAGAAACUCCUUGCCUCGGAUCUCGAAGCCGCCCUCCUCUCAACGCGUCCCUCAGCAAUGCGUGAAGUAUUCCUCGAGACGCCCAAAGUGAAAUGGUCCGACAUCGGUGGUCAAGCCGACGUCAAAGCCCGCCUAAGGGAAUGCGUCGAAUGGCCUCUCUUACAUCCCGAGACGUUCAAGAGAUUGGGUGUUCGACCACCCCGAGGUGUUCUGUUGUAUGGUCCUCCAGGGUGCAGUAAGACGUUGAUCGCCAAGGCUCUAGCGAAUGAAGGAGGGUUGAAUUUCAUAGCCGUCAAAGGGCCGGAGGUGUUCAACAAGUACAUUGGGGAGUCGGAAAAGGGGAUCAGGGAGAUCUUCCGCAAGGCUAGGGCCGCCGCACCUUCGAUCGUGUUCCUCGUACGUCAAUCGCGAGAUUUAGCUGCUGGUCCUCAAAGGAGAAGGAGAAGUUAGCUAACCUCAAUUUGCUUCUGUAAAGGAUGAGAUCGAUGCGCUCGCACCCGCGCGUGGAUCGGAUGACUCGUCCGGUCCGACGGGGGAUCGAGUCCUCAUGUCAUUGUUGACCGAGAUGGACGGAAUCGAAGAGUUGAACGGCGUCAUCGUUCUUGCCGCGACGAACCGACCCGACGUAAUCGUAAGUCCUUUCAAGGCUGCGCAUCCGCCCUCUCAGGCAGAAGGUCGCAACUAACGCUCUCUCUCUCUCGCACCAUCAUUCGAUAGGAUCCCGCUCUCAUGCGCCCAGGUCGACUCGACCGCAUCCUCUACGUCGCUCCACCCGACCUCCCCUCCCGCAUCGAAAUCUUCCAACUCGCCUUCAAUCGCAUGUCCAUCUCCUCCGACGUCAACAUCCAAGAACUCGCUUCCAUGACCGAUGGGUGUUCAGGCGCUGAAAUCGCGGGUAUCUGUCAAGACGCGGCUUUGAAUGCGAUGAAUGAGGAUAUUGAAAUUGAGGCUGUGGGGAGGAGACAUUUGGUUGAGGCGGCCAAGAGUAUUCGGAGGAGGAUCACGAGCGAGGUCGUUCAGGGGUACGAGGAAUGGAGGGAUCGGUCCGGGAUCAGGAGUGCUUAG